AUGGGAGAACACAAGUCGAAGGCUCUGUUCCAGCAGAUCGAGUCCGGUCUCAAGGAGAUGUCCGACAAGGAGAAGAAGGACAUCAUCAAGAAGACCAACGGUAUCUUCGAGAUGCACAUCAAGCAGGGCAGCGACGAGCUCGUCUACACCAUUGACCUCAAGAAGGAGGGUGCCGCUUACGAGGGUAAGGCCAAGCAGAAGGCCGACGUCACCAUCACCACCUCCGACGAGACCUUCAUGCAGAUGGCCGACGGUCAGCUCAAUGGACAGAAGGCCUUCAUGAGCGGUAAGCUCAAGGUCAAGGGAAACAUCAUGCUUUCCACGAAGCUCGAUUCUGUGUUGAAGUCGCAGAAGGCCAAGUUGUAA